UUCAGGUCAUUUCAGGAGUCUGGAUCGACAUGUUUCACUAUUUGUUUCACUCUGACAGGGAAAGGGAUGGAAUCUGUGAAAUGAGGCUUCAAAUUGGCUGCAGCAACAUGUCUUCUCUUCUGAUAUUCAGUUUAUUUGUUUUGCUUCUUCAGUCUGAUUUCACCCAAAGAUCUAUCAUCCUGGCGCAAAGAGAACCGAGUUAUGAAAUCCUGAAGCAAUACCAAAAUUUUGAGAUCAAAGUUGUAGCAAAGCCAGGAAAACCCAAGAAGGGCAGUGACAUCACCCUCAGCUGUAUCAUCCCCAGACUCCCAGAUACUGUCAGUCUCCGCUGGAAACCAAGAGACUCAUCUCAGCAGAACAGGAGAAACACUGAUCAAAUCCGGCUGAAUAACACCGUCUAUCUGAUUAUCCGACACGUUACAGUGGAGGAUGAGAAGAUGUAUGAGUGUGAAGUGCGGGUAAACGGAACCAUUGUUAGAACAAGGAAAAGUGAUUUUACUGUAAACACGGGUCCAUAUCGUGAACCUACCAGGUUUUAUCGCUCAGUUACGGAUCACAGUGAAUUCCACCUCAUCUGUUACAACAGUAAUGAAGUUUACAACAACGCUAUCUGGAGCUGGACAUCAAUUUUUAAUCAAAGUCUGAAGAAACAAAUUGCAACAGCAUUGAAAUCUCAGCCCGUGAAUGACGUUGACAGCCACUUUGUGAAUCGACUGAAGCUCACAAAGACACCUUUUAACGGCUGGAAUUUCAGUAUGAGGGUUUUUCCUGUGGUGUUUGAGGAUGCAGGAGAUUACUCCUGUACACUGGAUCAAAAAUCAUUUCAGACUAUGAAACUAACCACAGUUAAAGUCACAGCUGAACCGUCUGAUACAGUGACUGUGGGAGACAACGUUACCCUGAACUGCUCUGUGUCUGACGUUACUACAUCAACGAGACUGGUUUGGAUCAAUGGAGACGGUGAAACUGUUGGAGACAAAACACUGAGUGGGAAAGAGAAAUCAUUGAGUCUGAUCAUACAGAAAGCUGACAGAGGCAGAGGGAAAUGGACGUGUGUUGUGUUUGAUCAAGACUGGCUCCGACUUUCACUACCAUAUAGUCUGGAAGUCAGAGUGAGAUCACUUCCGGACAGUUGGAUCACCACAAUUGCUGUAUACCUGUUUGUUAAACUGGCCGUUGGUCUUGGAUUCUCCUACAGUUUGACGAGGAAAAACAGAAGAAUUCAGUUAAAGUGAGAAGAACAGCACAGAUGAUUCACAGGGAGAAGUCACAUUUCAGGCCUCAAAAUCUGAUACUUUUCUGAAUUCUCGAAAGAACAUUCCAGCCCAUGGGCCUAUUUGGCCCAUCAUGCCCAUUCCCCAGAGAGAUCUACCUGUUCCGGAUUCUGGAUUGAUACAGCCUGGAAGUAUUGGAACUUGACUCCUGAUGUUACUCUCAAUCUAUUUCACAGGGCAAGAUAAGUUUAUUCCCCGAAGAUAAUAUUGAUAGGCAAUUUUCACCUCAGAAGUGGUAACUGUAUUUGGCAAGAACAUUCUUUCCAGACAUCUGGACUCUCUUGAAAAUAUCAGUGUAAUCAUCUCAAACUUAGUCAAUCCAGACAACACAGCAUCAUUCGGACAAUAUUUGUUGCACUCCCUUCACAGUGAAAACAUUAUAAAGAGAUGAAAGUUGCAUACAAAACUCUAGGUAGGGUUACUCCAGCAGCACAGCUGCAGCAAAGCAUUCUUGCACGCAUAUUGUAUUCUUUUUGCAAUCAAUGCCAACAAUAUACCAUUUGCCUUGCUCAUUGCUCAUUGCCCUUGAAUAUUUGCUUUCUGCAACUGAUGUACAAAGGCACCAAGAUCUAGUUGCAGCUUCCGUUUAACUAAUCAAUUAUCACUCAUAUUAUCUUUCUUUUCCCUUUUACAACCAUAACUCAGGAAUUGCGCAGCACACGCUUAUUGAGCCAUUAGGGCCUUUUACUGUGCCUGACAUCUAAUAAAAAAAGGAUCAUAUAUGUUUCUUCAAAGUAGACAAUGUGUACAAUGUCAUAGUUACUCGGACUAUCUGUCAUGAAUAGCUCUAAUCUGAAAGCCUUGAGAGGUUUUAUUAAAAAAAAAGAUAGUAGUUUGUGAUUUAGACUCAUAUGAUCUUACAACAUGAACACUCUCCACAUGCAUUGUGAACACCCAACACUCGUUUCCUGUCAGAGGGCACAUGCAGGCACACCAGAAUACAAUGCAUCUGUCACUCAACCAAUGAUCAUAGGUCUCUGAACAUAGACUUGAUUCUUUGUAGACUUAUUACUGUGUCAUUCUGAAUCUAGAAAAUGCCAGCAUUGUACUUGCCUGCAAUAUUUUAAAAUAUAACUUACAACAAUCUAAUGUAAUUGAAAA